GCUGCAGCGGCGGGCGCUGGAAGAUGGCGGCAGCGGCUGCGGCGGCGGGGACCGAGCAGCAAAGUUCCAAUGGUCCUGUAAAGAAGUCCAUGCGUGAGAAGGCUGUGGAGAGAAGGAAUGUUAAUAAAGAGCACAAUAGUAACUUUAAAGCAGGAUAUAUUCCAAUUGAUGAAGAUCGGCUCCAUAAAACAGGAUUGAGAGGGAGAAAGGGCAAUUUAGCCAUUUGCGUGAUUAUCCUCUUGUUUAUCCUGGCUGUCAUCAAUUUAAUUAUAACCCUUGUUAUCUGGGCUGUGAUUCGCAUUGGACCAAACGGCUGUGACAGCAUGGAGUUUCAUGAAAGUGGUCUGCUUCGAUUCAAACAAGUGUCUGACAUGGGAGUUAUACAUCCUUUAUAUAAGAGCACAGUUGGAGGAAGACGAAAUGAAAAUUUGGUCAUCACUGGCAACAACCAGCCUGUAAUUUUUCAGCAAGGGACAACAAAGCUCAGUGUAGAAAAGAACAAAACUUCUAUUACAAGUGACAUUGGUAUGCAGUUUUUUGACCCGAGGACUCAACAUAUCUUAUUCAGCACAGACUAUGAAACCCAUGAGUUUCAUUUGCCAAGUGGAGUGAAAAGUCUGAAUGUUCAAAAAGCAUCUACUGAAAGGAUUACAAGCAAUGCUACCAGUGAUUUGAAUAUAAAAGUUGAUGGGCGUGCUAUUGUGCGUGGAAAUGAAGGAGUAUUCAUUAUGGGCAAAACCAUUGAAUUUCACAUGGGUGGUAAUAUGGAGUUAAAGGCUGAAAACAGCAUCAUCCUAAAUGGAACUGUGAUGGUCAGCACUACGCGAUUACCCAGUUCCUCCAGUGGAGACCAGCUGGGUAGUGGCGACUGGGUGCGCUACAAGCUCUGCAUGUGUGCAGAUGGAACUCUCUUCAAAGUACAAGUAACCGGCCAAAACAUGGGCUGCCAAAUCUCAGACAACCCUUGUGGGAACACACAUUAGAAGAGCCCAGAGGUCAUCAGUAUGUUUAUAUCUUGACUUGACCUUUUUUUUUUUUUUUUUUUUUUUUUUUUGAGUAUGCAUGCAAAUCAUGUUUUUACAGAGUUUGUGAUAAUUUUUAAUUAUUUUAACUGGAGAGCGCUACUGUAUCUAUUAUGUAGUCUCCGUAUUUAAAAUAUUCUUGAAAGCCUAAAUUCUAACACAUUUUUAAAGUUGCACUGAGUUUUCAAGAGACAGUCCUCUAAAAUCAUUACAAGAAGUCAAUAAAAUCAAAAUUUAUCUUUAAAAAAGUGUUUUUUAAAAUUCUGCUAUCCUUGACUAAAAGACAAAGGGCUGAAGCAACUGUUCAGAUUCACUAUAAUAAGUUUUUGGUACUCUAAUGGGGAUAGACCCAUUAGAGAUGUUUAAAAGGCAUACCAUCAGUGUUUCAUGUUCUAUCUUUUGGUUUCUAAAAGAAAAGAUGUGGAUUUUUAGUUCAUUAACCUUGAGCCAUAUUCUCACAUACAAGUAAAGUCAUUAAAGAACUUGACAUACGUGAGAGUAUAAAUUGUGGGUCCUUAGUUUUGCACUGAGAAGAAAACACUCUGUGAUAGAAUGUUUACUUGAAAUAAUGAUUAUUAUUGAGAGUCCACAGUGUAGUAGAAAGUAAACAUACGCUCAGCUUUAACUUUCAAGUAAUGAUAGCUGUCAUUUGUUAAGUGUCUUAGAUUUCCCAGGCAAUAUAUGUUUAAUGUCUCUAGUUCUCACUAAGGCUCUCUGAGUAGGUGUUAUCAUCCCAGUUUUCCCCAUUGGGAACUGAGGAUCAGAUAAGUUAAGAAACUUGCCUAAGAUGAUACAGUAAAUCGCACAGUUGGGGGGAAUGCAGGUGUGAUCAAACCCAGAUGUAACUGAUUCCAAAUACUGUGCUCUUUUUACUAUCAGCACUGAAUUCUCAAUUAUUUAAAACUAUAGAGAAAGAUGAAAAAGGACUAAGUCAAACUUCCCUAAAGUAAGAAAAGCAAACAAAACAGUUAUGCUACUCUAAUAAAAAGAAAUAAAUCUCAUGUCAGUCAAAAAAAAAAAAAAAAAAAACUAAUCACUGUUAGAUUUUAAACUAUCUUAA